GGUCCGAGAGCCGCUGGACCUAAAAUUCCCAAAAUUUAUCGAUAGCUUUGGCUGUGAGAAACAUUUCUGAGCUUCGGAGACUUGAAAUCAACCCCAUCAAUACCGUAGACGACCACAGCUGAUAAGCUUCUUGAUUUUUCUUCCCGAAUCUUUCUUUAAUAUUACACAAAUUUAUACGAAAUGGUUCAGACUUCCACAAUCGUCGCUGCCAGUGUUGGCACAGUUGCUACAGGAUUGGUCGCCUACGCAAUUUAUUUCGACCACAAGAGACGCACCGAUCCAAACUUUCGCAAGCAAUUGAAGAAAGAAUCGAAGCGACAAGCAAAGGCCGCGAAGGAGGAAGCGGAAGCUCACAAUGAGAGACAGAAAGAAGUGAUCAAGGCGGUGGUUGUAGAAGCCAAGGAAGAUGGAUUCCCCGUAGACGUAGAGGAGAAAGAGGCAUAUUUCAUGUCAGAAGUUGCUAGAGGAGAAGGGUUAAGCUCAGAGGGUGGCGACCCCAUAGAAGCAGCACUUUGUUUUUACAAGGCACUCAAAGUUUACCCUCAACCAAAUGAUUUAAUAUCUAUCUACGACAAGACAGUGCCUAAGCCCGUCCUCGAUAUUCUUGCAGAAAUGAUUGCAGCGGAUGCAGCUUUAGAUGUUGGACCUUUUGGCGGCAGUGGUUCGGAUAGUGGAAUUCCUGGCGUUGGCCUUGAUUGAUUAGUUUGGUUGUUGUCUCAAUAUACAUGUAUUCUGAACCCCUCCACUCUUCCUUAUCACCCAAACUUUUUACCGACUUCACGAACGGCGACUGGAUAAAUUCCGAAACCCCAGGGUGGACUGUAUAAAAGUCCAAUGUACAUCAAUUCGCAUGCUUGGCGUCCGUAGGUUCUCGCAUUACGCAUCACAUCUAAUUUGUACAUAGUAUCCAUACUGUCAAUAUGGGCCUGGUUGUUAUUUGCAAGACUGCAAAGAGCCGUACGUCUGUAAUGCAAAUCAGGUCAGCCAGAUUCAUUGUUGUACCUUAGCA